CAGGAACAACUUUGAACAAGUUACGGAGACACGACAAAAAGCCUUUUUUUUUUUAAUUUUUUAUUGGGCUGUGAGGAAUGCAAAUUAUAACAGACGGUAAUGGUAUCAUCCAACUGAAUCAACUUCGAUAGCUUCGCUUCCUACUUGGCUUCAAUGGCGCAUAUAGUCAGCGCUAAAGCUAUCCUUUUCGCUCUCUCUCUCUCUCUCUCUCUCUCUCUCUCUCUCUCCAGUCUCUAUUUGGUGCUUGUUGUGUGACUUAAGUGUUAUGUAAAUUGCGAAAAAAACCACUGACAAACAAUCCACGCCCAUUUAUUUCAAGCGUCGAGUCAAAGCUGGUCUCUGAUUUUCGCACCAAAACUCUCUCUCUCUCUCUCUCUCUUCCACUUCAGCUCCAUGGCUGGGGUGACGGAGACGAUGAUUCCGUACAGAAUACUGGAGGAGGAAGGCUCUUCUUCUUCUUCUUCAAAUCCAACGGAUGCGGUGAUAUUCGUAGGGCUGUGCUUGGUCGCCGGAAUCGCUUGCCGCCAUAUCCUACGAGGAACCAGAGUUCCUUAUACUGUCGCUUUGCUUGUGAUCGGCAUUGCUCUUGGAUCAUUAGAGUAUGGUACACAUCAUAAAUUGGGCAAGCUUGGGGAUGGCAUACGUAUUUGGGCAAAUAUUGAUCCUGAUCUUCUCUUGGCUGUUUUUCUUCCUGCCCUUCUUUUUGAAAGUUCAUUUUCGAUGGAAGUGCACCAAAUAAAGAGGUGCAUAGUACAAAUGUUUCUGCUAGCUGGUCCUGGUGUAGUGUUGUCAACCUUCUGUCUCGGAUCUGCUUUGAAGUUCACUUUCCCUUAUGACUGGAGUUGGAAAACGUCAUUGUUGCUUGGAGGUCUUCUAAGUGCUACUGAUCCUGUAGCUGUUGUUGCUCUAUUAAAAGAUCUUGGUGCAAGCAAAAAACUGAGUACUAUAAUUGAAGGGGAAUCCUUGAUGAAUGAUGGGACGGCGAUUGUAGUUUUUCAGCUGUUCUUUCAGAUGGUCUCCGGAAAGAGCUUUGAUUGGGGUGCCAUAAUUAAGUUUCUAACCCAAGUCUCUCUUGGAGCUGUAGGCAUUGGUCUGGCUUAUGGGAUAGCAUCUGUUCUGUGGCUUGGUUUUAUUUUUAAUGACACUGUGAUAGAGAUUACACUUACUUUAGCUGUGAGCUACAUCGCCUAUUUCACUGCACAAGAAGUUGCUGAUGUAUCUGGCGUUUUGACAGUCAUGACACUAGGGAUGUUCUAUGCUGCGGUUGCCAGGACAGCUUUUAAGGGUGACAGUCAACAAAGUUUGCAUCAUUUUUGGGAAAUGGUUGCUUAUAUCGCUAACACACUGAUUUUCAUCUUGAGUGGAGUUGUUAUAGCCGAAGGUGUUCUCGUCCAUGACAUCUUCGAAAAUGGGAAUUCAUGGGCAUACCUCAUUCUUCUGUAUGUUUAUGUACAAGUUUCCCGGCUAAUUGUUGUUGUAGUAUUAUUCCCCUUGCUUCGGUAUUUUGGCUAUGGCUUGGAUUGGAAAGAGGCUACAGUUCUCACAUGGUCAGGUUUGCGAGGGGCCGUUGCAUUGUCGCUUUCACUCUCGGUUAAGCGUUCUAGUGGUGGAUCGUCACUUCUUGGUUCUGAAACAGGAACUCUUUUUGUUUUCUUCACCGGUGGAAUUGUCUUCUUGACACUUAUUUUGAAUGGCUCAACCACACAAUUCGUUUUACAUCUUCUAGAUAUGGAUAAGCUAUCAGCAGCAAAGAGGCGCAUACUUGACUACACAAAGUAUGAAAUGUUGAACAAAGCAUUAGAGGCUUUUGGUGAUCUUGGAGAUGAUGAAGAACUGGGACCUGCUGACUGGGCCACAGUGAAAAGAUAUAUUGCAAGCUUAAAAAAUGUGGAAGGGGAACGUGCACACCCUCAUGAUUCAACUGAUGGUGAUAAUAGUCUGGACCAUAUGAAUCUGAAGGAUAUACGCAUACGCCUCUUGAAUGGUGUCCAAGCAGCUUACUGGGAGAUGCUUGAUGAGGGAAGGAUUACGCAAUCUACUGCGAAUCUUGUAAUGCAAUCAGUGGAUGAAGCACUUGACUUGGUUUCGGAUAAGCCUUUAUGUGACUGGAAAGGCUUAAAAGAUCAUGUUCAUUUCCCAAAUUAUUACAGGUUUCUUCAACCAAGCAUCUGCCCUCAAAAGUGGGUUACAUAUUUCACAGUGGAAAGGUUGGAAUCUGCAUGUUGUAUAUGUGCUGCCUUUCUCCGUGCCCAUAGAAUUGCAAGACAGCAGCUUCAUGACUUUAUAGGUGACAGUGAUGUUGCUUCUAUUGUCAUCAAUGAAAGUGAAGCUGAAGGAGAAGAAGCAAGAACAUUUUUGGAAGAUGUUCGCGUGUCAUUUCCCCAGGUUUUGCGUGUUGUGAAAACAAGACAAGUAACAUACUCCGUACUAAAUCAUUUAAUUGAUUAUGUCAAAAACCUUGAGAAGGUUGGCCUAUUGGAAGAAAAAGAGAUGCUUCAUCUUCACGAUGCUGUUCAGACUGACCUAAAAAAACUUCUAAGAAAUCCUCCUUCAGUGAAGAUUCCAAAAAUCAGUAAUAUGAUUAAUGUCCAUCCUUUGAUGGGAGCACUUCCUUCUUCUGUUCGUGAACCACUUGAAGGUUCUAUCAAAGAAACAAUGAAAUUGCGUGGUGUGACACUUUAUAGGGAGGGAUCCAAGCCUAGUGGUAUUUGGCUUAUUUCCAAUGGGACAGUCAAGUGGAUGAGUAAGAGCAUAAAAAACAAGCAUUCGUUGCAUCCAACUUUCACUCAUGGGAGUACUUUGGGCCUAUAUGAAGUGCUAACUGGAAAGCCAUAUCACUGUGACAUGAUAACAGAUUCUGUGGUUCUCUGUUUCUAUAUUGAAACUGACAAGAUAAUUUCAGCGCUGAGAUCUGACCCUUCAGUGGAAGACUUCUUGUGGCAGGAAAGUGCUAUUGUUCUUGCCAAACUGUUGCUUCCUCAAGUAUUUGAGAAAAUGGGAAUGCAAGAUUUAAGAGCUCUUGUUGCUGAAAGGUCGAUCAUGACCACAUACAUAAGGGGAGAAUCGAUAGAAGUUCCUUACCAUUCUAUUGGCAUUUUAUUAGAAGGAUUCAUCAAAACCCAAAGUAUCCUAGAAGAACUAAUUACAUCGCCUGCCCCUCUCCUGCCAUCACACAAGAAUCAAAGCUCUCAAAAUCUGGAAAGAACAGCAGCUUCCAGGGGAGCCAGUUUUUCGCACCAAAGUUCACAUUAUCUAGUUGAAACAAGAGCAAGAGUCAUCAUUUUUGACAUUGCAGCAUUAGAAUCUGAUAGUAAACUCCAAAGAAGGUCUUCCUCAUUUUUACGCCAUUCCGCAGAUCUCCCACAUAGAUCUUUUAACAAAGAACAUGGCGGUCUUAUGAGUUGGCCUGAGAACUCUUACAAAGCAAGGCAACAUACGGAGAAGUCUGAAACAGUUGACCAGCAAAAAGCUAACAGCUUGUCCGCAAGGGCAAUGCAGUUGAGCAUUUAUGGCAGCAUGGUGGAAAUCCGGAGACGUACUCGAAGUUUUCCAAAUCAUAGUUCCAUUCAAUCAUCUCACAGUCUAUCAUAUCCGAACAUUUCAUCAAAUCUUGGCCGAACUCUUGUCUCUGUUAGAUCAGAAGGAUCUUCUACUCUCAGAAAGAACCUAGCGGCAAGAAAAUUCUCAGCAACAAAUACUUCGGCACCACUGCAAGACACAGAACUGAAAGAGGGUCAUGCAGCUGAUGCUUCCAGUGAUGAAUCUGGUGCUGAGGAUGAACUCAUAGUGAGAAUUGAUUCACCAAGUAAGCUUUCUUUUCAGCAGGCUUCUUGAAAGUAUGAGGGUUCACCAGCCCUUCUUUUAGUCUGUCAAUCCAUGAAAACCAAAUUGAUAAUUUACUUCUUUGUAGCAUAUUUUGUUUGUAUGAUUUACUUUCCUGUAACAUAUAUUGUCUGUAUGAUUUAGUGUUUGUAAAAACAUUCGCAAGAGCAGGAAAAUAUUAGUGUGUAAUAUAUGACUGGUUAUCAAGAA